UGUUGCCAUCGAUUGCCGCACCAUUAUGAAUGCGAAUCCAUUACUUAACUUCAAAUGGCAGUCAGUAAUGGUAAAAUUUCUGAACUUACAGGUAUCUUCACCAUGAGGCGCCGUGCUUCCUUGAUACUGUGACCCUCAGCCCUAAUACCUCACUGGUCCUCGCUGGAGUCCCCUUUGCCCAGGACACCACAUGCAUGAUAGGAGGACCUGAACCCUCGUGUGCUACUUGCCUGUUCAACGUGGACAGCAACACACUCCGUUGCCAGAGAGCCUAUUUAAGCGUAACAAAUUUCGUAGGGAAAAAUCGUCCCCCUCUCUGAUUCGAACCUUAGUACAAUGUCACCCGCAAGGAUCAUUUCGAGGGAGGAGUACCUCCUUUUAGCCAAGGUUGCAGAAGAGGCGGAGCGCUACGAAGAUUUAGUCAUGCAAAUCAAGGGUUUGAUCCAGACGUAUGGCGCCCUGACAAUCGAGGAGCGCAACCUUCUCUCCGUCGCAUACAAGAACAUAACCAAUGCUCUCCGCAGCAGCUGGAGAGUUGUCGAUUCUCUGGAGAAACUAGAAUCGAGUCACCCUACCGGCCGCACUCAACGCCAAUUGGCAUUGACACGACAGCAACGGAGUAAGAUUGAGCGAGAGCUUACGGAUGUCUGUAAGGAUGUCAUACGGCUCUUGGACGAUCGCUUGAUGCCCAUUGUGGCCGUUGGGGAGGAAACCGUAUUUUAUUACAAGAUGAAAGGUGAUUAUUACCGCUACCUCGCGGAGUUUGCGCACCAGCAGGAGAGAGGUCACUUCUCCGACCUCUCACUUGCUGCGUACAAGUUUGCAUAUAAGCACGCUUUGGCUUCGCUUGAACCUACGCAUCCAACAAGAUUAGGAUUGGCAUUGAAUUUUGCAGUAUAUUAUCAUGACGUCCGGAAGAGUCCCGAACGCGCUUGCCAUCUUGGAAAGCACGCAUUCGACGAAGCCGUCGCCUGUUUGGAUCAUGAUGAUGAGGCAUCACUCCAGGCCAUGCGAGACUCAAUGAUGAUCCUCCAGCUUCUGAGGGACGACCUCGUAAUUUGGUCGGGUGAGAUGCAGCGAGGUAUGGAGUGUCCUCCUAAUAAGUAGUCAUGGACAUGUCCUGUAUCCUCCACUACACAUCCUGCUGCACUCACGAGUCUAAAGGUGGAAUAAGUACCUAUGAUCCUUCCUCCAUCCAUGUAAAAUGGGCUUCAUGUUAUACACAUAUCCGUCGUCUUGUGGGUAAGCAGGUAGAGUUCUCAGUGUAGCAGUUACGACAACUGUUUCCGUGCAAACGUAGCGGCAACCAAGAGCGGAAAAACCAAGGUAGCAUCAGCAAAAACCUGGGAUACCAACGGGGAUCAGUGCCUUUCGGCCUACUUCGAAGUUGAACAACCUUAACAGACUCAGCUCCCGCACGGAUUUUCCCCCACGAGACUGCCUCGUCCGGUUGCGCGCCUGAGUCGGAACCAUCGAAUUCUUGACCCGUAUU